CCGCCGCAGCCGCGGGAGCCGCCGCGAGCGGGAUGGGUCCGGCCGGGCUGCGCCGCGCCCGCGGACUUACAGCAGAAGUCCCCGUUGCUUUGAGAAGCACAAUGACCAUUUCACAGCUCUGUUUGCAGGAGAGGGCAUAGAAGGUCUGCUGCCACUGCACUCUGCUGAGGUGUGUGGUAAAAAUGGUGCAGAAAUACCAGUCCCCAGUUCGAGUCUACAAAUACCCUUUUGAGCUCGUCAUGGCAGCCUAUGAGAAACGCUUUCCUACAUGCCCAGAGAUCCCAGUCUUCCUGGGGAGUGAAAUCCUGCACGAAUCCAGGAGUGAGGAUGGGGCCAUCCAUGUCAUUGAGCGCAGCUGCAAGCUGAAUGUGGAUGCUCCCAGGCUGCUGAAGAAGAUUGCAGGGGUGGAGCACGUCUUCUUCAUCCAGAAGAACACGGUGAACUGGAGGGAGAGGACGCUGCGCAUCGAAGCCCACAACGAGACCUUUGCCAACCGUGUGGUGGUCAGGGAGACCUGCAGCUACUCAGUUCACCCCGAGAAUGAGGACUGGACCUGCUUUGAGCAGUCAGCCUCUCUUGACAUCAAAUCCUUCUUUGGCUUUGAAAGCACCGUGGAAAAAAUUGCCAUGAAGCAGUACACCUCCAACAUCAAACGGGGCAAGGAGGUGAUUGAGCACUACCUGAAGGAGCUGAUCUCGCAGGGGAUCACGUUCAUCCCGCGCUGGAGCCCUCCCGGGGCGGAGGAGGAGCGAGCCCCGGCCCCGCUGGAGCCCGGCGCUGCCGGCAGCAGCAGCAGGGAGCCUGCCAGCCCCUGCCCGCCCCCCGAGGCCGCCAGCCCUGACGCUGACAAGCUGGACGCUGACUACAUCGAGCGCUACCUGGGCCAGCUCAGCCCGAUGCAGGAGAGCUGCCUGAUCCGCCUGCGCCAGUGGCUCCAGGAGACUCACAAGGGAAAGAUCCCCAAGGACGAGCACAUCCUGCGCUUCCUGCGCGCCCGCGACUUCAACAUGGACAAAGCGCGGGAGAUGCUGUGCCAGUCGCUGGCCUGGCGCAAGCAGUACCAGGUGGAUUUCAUCCUGCAGUCCUGGAGACCCCCGGCCCUGCUGCAGGAGUACUACACUGGGGGGUGGCACUACCAGGACAAAGAUGGGCGGCCGCUCUACAUCCUGCGCCUCGGCCAGAUGGACACCAAGGGUUUGGUGAAGGCCCUGGGAGAGGAAUCCCUGCUGCGACAUGUUCUGUCCAUUAAUGAGGAAGGACAGAAGAGAUGUGAGGAAAACACCAACAUUUUCGGCCGGCCCAUCACAUCCUGGACGUGCCUGGUGGACUUGGAAGGGCUCAAUAUGAGGCACCUCUGGCGGCCUGGGGUGAAGGCCCUGCUCAGGAUCAUUGAGGUGGUGGAGGACAACUACCCUGAGACCCUGGGGAGGCUCCUGAUCGUGAGGGCACCACGGGUCUUCCCUGUGCUCUGGACCCUGGUCAGCCCCUUUAUCAAUGAGAACACAAGGCAGAAGUUCCUCAUCUACAGUGGCAAUAACUACCAGGGCUCAGGAGGGCUGGUGGACUAUGUGGACAAGGAUGUGAUCCCAGACUUCCUGGGAGGAGACUGCAUGUGCACUGUCUCAGAAGGGGGGCUCGUGCCCAAGUCCCUGUACCAGACCGAGGACGAGCAGGAGAACUCGGAUCACAUCCGCCUGUGGACAGAAACCAUCUACCACUCUGCAAGUGUCCUCAGAGGAGCCCCACACGAGAUACUCGUGGAGAUCCUGGAAGGGGAAUCUGUCAUCACCUGGGACUUUGACAUCCUGAAGGGAGAUGUGGUCUUCAGCCUCUUCCACUCCAAACGAGCUCCUGAGCCAAGUCACAAAGAAGCCACAUCACCAAGUCCCUCUGGGGCAGGGGACAAUGUGCAGCUCAUUGACAAGACCUGGGUGCUGGGGGUGGAUUACAGCCGGGUGGAAUCUCCCCUGGUCUGCAGGGAAGGAGAGAGCAUCCAGGGCUCCCAUGUCACUCGCUGGCCUGGCUUUUACAUCCUGCAGUGGAGGAUGCACGGGCCCCUGCCCUGCUCCAGCUCCAGCCUGCCCCGUGUGGACGAUGUCCUGGCCUCCCUGCAGGGCUCCAGCCACAAGUGCAAGCUCAUCUACUACUACGAGGUGCUGGCUUCCAAGGACUUCAGGGGAUCCAUGUCCAGCCUGGAAUCUUGCACCAGUGGCUUCUCCCAGCUGAGUGGAGUCACCACAUCUUCCAGCCAGUCCCAGAGCAGCUCCCACCUCUCCAGAUAGCAGAGCCAAGGCUCCAGCAGCAGGGGCACCCUGGGGCUGCUCCAGCCCCAAACCAAAGAGCUCCAGGCCUGGGCCGUGGGGCAGUCACAGCCAUUUGGACACAGAGAGGCCCUGGGGGCUGCUUCCACCACAAAAACUGGAAUUCCAAGGGCAGGUUCAGGAGUUUUGGGUCAGCUGCCUGCUUCUCAGUAGCCUCCUUCACCACCUGUGGGUUUUGGGUGCCUGUGAGUUUGCAGGAAUCUACUCCCCUCCAAAGGGCUCUUCCCAUGGGUUCCUUUCCAGCAGAGGAGGCUGAUGUUGCCUUACCUGUUGGACCUUUAGAUAAUUCCUGGGUGGCAAAACUGAGGGAAUGUCCUGGCUGCCCACGGGGUGCUGCUUCCACACGGGGCAGUCAAGUGGGCAUGCCAGGGGCAGGGCCUUGGAAGGAACUGCCAACACCUGGGUACAGGCAGGAGGGUUCAGAAAUCACCUCCAGGCCAAACCAAAAACCUCCUCUGGUCUGGCAGGAUGCUCUGGGAAAUGUGUUGGAUUUUUUUAACCCUGCUGAGAAACAAAGUCAAAAUGGUUUUUUUUAGAAAUUCUAGGCAUUGAAUCUGCCUGCAGUGAGUGGCAUCUUCCAAACUAUUGUUUCUUUUUACUCAGGUUUACAGCAAUAAUGAGCAGGUCUGUCCCAUUCCCGAGUGGAUGGGAACUGAACCCAGUCCUAAAGGGCUAAGAAAAGCAAUAUUUGAUUUCCUGAAGGCACAAGAUUUUCUGGCAGUAUUACAGAACUUGCUUCUUUUAAACAUGAGCUCACUUGAAACCAUUCAGAGAGGCAUGUAUGUAUGUAAGCACUUACUGAAGCCUAUUUAUUCUAUACUAGCUUAUUUUAAAUUAAUUUUUAACUUAUUAUGUCAGAAAUUACUAUUUAUUAAAUACAGUCACCUUUUUUAAUGGGAUGAACUUUGUUUUAGAAAGGAAUAACUGAUUGUCUUCAAUCCCAAGCAAUCUUUCUGCUUGGGUCCUGAUCUUUGUGAUCAAUGGAUGUUCUUGCAAAAGGGCUGCAUUGGGCUAAGGGCUUGUGUCACCUUCCUUGCAAGGACAGGUGAGAGUCCAGUGCUUUUUUAGACUGUUUUUUAGGAUUAGGAAACAAGGAUUGAGUUCAGGAGUUAUCAUGAACUUCCUACACACCAAAAAUGCCACAUUUGCCCCUCAUCUCUGGUUAUUCUGUAGUCAGGCUGGGGAGCAAAGUUAUCCAUGUUCUUGUCCAGGUGAAAAGAAAUGAGAGCACGUGUCAAAUACUCACCACGUUUUUAUUCAGGAAUCUGUGAAGUUGUUCCUUCCCACCCUGAUUUUUUUAAUCACUGGUUUUGAAGUACCAGGCUCUGCCAAAGGAGAAAAGAGCCAAAAUAUUUGGGACAAUGGGAGACAAAGAGCUUGACAUGGUUUUGAGUUGUUUGGUGGGGUUUUUUAAGGAUUGGAGCCAAGGGAAUCACUCUGCACCUUGCAUCUCUCCCUGUGAACAGGUUACUUUGUUAUGUAGAGCUCAGGGAAGUUCUGAUUUCCCAUUCUCAGUUGUUCCACAGACUUUAAUGAUUCUCCCAGACAAAUGAAACUUCUGUCUCUGGCAUUUCAGCAUAACUGGAGUCUGAUAAAGAGGGACAAAUGUAAAUGUAAUUCCCACCUUUCCUCUGAAAGUCAGGAAUUCUAGAAGCAAAAGUGCAUAUGUGUACCCCUCAUGGAAAAUCCUUGACCAGAAUAAAAUCUAAUUCUAGAAACAGUUUCAGACUCCCAAAGCCCCAGCCCUGUCCCCCUGUGCUGGUUCAGGAUUUUACCUUCCCUUCUCACAGGGUUGCUCACAUCCUACAGUGGCAGCAUUCCUGUUCCCUGGGUUAGCUCUGGGUAAGAAUCUCUUCCUUUGCCCGGGGUUGUUUGAGUUUUUUUGUAAUUUUGUUUUGAAGUGUGGGAUAUGCUGUUUUCUGCCCACCAGAAGUUUGAUUUUUGUCAGUGAAGCACCUGGAGCUUGGCCCCUGGCAGAUCUCUGAAGGGUGAGGUCAGGGCUGGUUCCACAGUGUUCCUGGCUCUGGGGAUGUUCCAAUCCCAGUUUUAUCUCUUGUCCCUUGGCAGUGCCACUCUCUGCCCAUCAGAGGUCAUGCACAGGUUUGUGAGGCAGCUUGUGACCUCUCCUUGGCAAGGCUGCAUGAGUUAUCCCACCUGACAAUUUACUUUGAAACCAAUUUAAAUUUUUUUUUCCUUUUUCUCCUGAAUAUUAACAGGAGAAAGGGAGCAACAGCCUGGAUGCUGUGCUGUGCUUUCUUAACCCUACCUUGUGAACUGCAGGUACCAGAGACACAGAAUUCUCCUACAUCACCUUUUCCCCCCUCAAACAACAUCAGUGUGCUUUAGAAAAUAAACUCAGAGUUUUCUUCACAGUGAGCUGAGUCUGGGAGGGAUUGUGGAUCUUCAGAAAUCUCCUAAGCCAGACCCUUGGGCAAUGGGCUCAUUUGGGGUGAUGCAGCAAAGCCCUCCCUGCUCCCUCCCCAGCAGUGAGGCUGGUGAGCUCGGGCUGUGUGCAGGGAAGGAGCUGCUGGUUAAAAACUGCUUUCCAGUCAAUUGGGGCUCUCCCUGGUCCAGAUCUUCCCUAUGCAAACACAACACCUACCUCAGAGCUGCUGCCAUGUCCCGUGCAGCAGGGAGUGCAGGGUGCUGUGCCAGACCUGGCAGUUCCAUGUGACACCUCCAUUGCCAGAGUUCUCCAGGUUUGCCCCAUUCCCUGGCUCUGUCCUGGGCUGGAAGGGCAAGCACAGACCUGGGGCUGGAUGUUGGGUGGCUCGGCUGUCGUUCAGGGCAGUCCUGAGCCACGUUUUGCUGCUCUCCGGUGUGGGAAGGGCUCUGUCCCCGCUGGGGGAGGAGGGCUGAGCCCCGGGGGCGGCUCCAGCCCGCAGGUGUCACCACUGCCGUGCCAGGGCAGCUCCCCUGGGCUCUGGGGCUCUCAGGGAGGCACCGCAGCUCUCAGUCCUUCCUCAGCUCCUGAACUCGCUGUUGGAAGCAGAAUUCCCAAGGGUGAGCACACCAGGGAAUCCUGAGUGACAGAGAUGCAGCUGUGCUCCUCUGCUCAGCCACCUCGGUUCUGUUCCUUUAGGACUGUGAAUACCAAUUUGUAAUCCCAGUGUGGUUUCUUGGCAGAACAUUUUGAAAUGCCAUAAUCCAGUGGCAGUUCCCAGUAGGAAGAGGGGAGCCCAGCUGCCCAGCACACGGGGCUGGGGAGCUGCUGGGGCUGAGGCCAACCCUGCUCCAGGCAGGGAAUCCCUCAUUUCAAAAGGCAUUUUGUGAGCUCACACUGCUUUAAUGUCCCAAAUGUUUGUACUGUGAGCAGUUACUGCAAGGGAACAGCUAUUAGAGACUUACUUGACAGCAGCUGUCAAAGAUUCCUGCAUGCAAUUAGCUUUAAUAUUCCUCCAACACCUUUGUGAUGCUCCUUUCAUCUGAUUAUUGCUCUCUUGGAAGGUGAAAUUGGAGUCAAGUCACAUUUGCUGGCUUUUAGUGACACCAACACCCACUUCCAAGAUUUCACUUACACCUAAGUUAAAUGGGCAUUAAUUAAGUUUUUUAGCAGCACUUACUUUCUCUCUUUUGCAGCUGGCUUUGGUUUUAUACACUGAAAUCCUCAUUUUUCUCAGCCAAAAUCCUCAAACCUCCUGUAAGAGCCCACUGCAGGGCACUGAAAUAACAAACAGAUGUUCUCCUGUGAUGGUGUCUGUGUGUCCUGGUAGAGCUGUACUUUUGGGUAGGUGGGAAAUAAAACAUCUCUGAGUACA